ACUUGUUCACAAAUGCUUUGAGGCGCGACCUGCCCAGCUGAUCACCGAGACCGUCUCAAACUUGUAUUUCUAUCAACUCUGAGGUUGCCAGGCAGGUGCUCUUUGACUCAACCCGUCAGCUCGUCAGGGGGGAACAUCAUUUCAUACCCUCAAUUGACGAUAGCUCCCUCGCAGUUGCUUCGCUUCCCUCCCUCCCCGCAAUGGUCACCAAAGCCUUGCAGAGAGACUAAAUAUGCCCACGCACAAACGCUGGCUCCCCCGUGAAGGGUUCUACGCGGACGUCCUGUUUCAGCUCAUUGGAAGGACCGCGUUCAACCCCGCGCUGCUGGUCCCGCUGUUUCUACUCACGCGACUGACGGAGCGAGGCAAGGCUCUGGCGCUGCUGCACCCUCUGGCUGCUUCGCGGCUGGGCACACUCACAUGGAUAGCUGUGGCCCGUUUGGCCAACGCAUGGCUCUCGGACCGGGUGAUCAACAAUGGCCUAAGCGAUAGGUACGAUUGGCCAAGGGAGAUUGCUGUGGUGACAGGCGGAGCUGGCGGGAUUGGCGGGCAUCUGGUCAGGCUGCUGGAAGAGAAGGGCAUGAAGGUGAUUGUGCUGGACAUCUUGCCUAUGACUUACAAGACUGGCCCAAAUGUCCACUACUACCAAGUCGACCUCACUAAGUCCGCCAAAGUCGCCGCAGUCGCUACUCGGGUUCGCGAGGAGAUCGGCUCACCCACAAUUCUGAUCAACAACGCGGGGGUCCUCCGGGGUAAGGCGAUCCUCGAUACGUCCGACGAGGACCUGCGCUUCACCUUCGAGGUCAACACGUUUGCGCACUACUACACGGUCCGCGAAUUCCUGCCCGCCAUGGUCCGCGCGGACCACGGGAUGGUCGUCACCGUCGCCAGCGCGGCGAGCUACUUUGGCGCACCGCAGGUCGUCGACUACAGCUCCACCAAGGCGGCGGCGCUGGCCUUCCACGAGGGACUCGCCGCGGAGCUCAAGACGCACUACCGGGCGCCCCGCGUGCGGACCGUGAUUGUCCACCCGGGGGCCGUGGACACGGCGCUGUUUGGCGGGCACACGAACCAGACGCCGUUCAUGACGCCAACGCUGCACCCGGAGACGGUCGCCGAGGCCAUCUACGAUCAGGUCAUCACGGGCAGGAGCGGGCAGGUGCUGCUCCCAAAGUUCGUCAAUGUGCUGCCAUGGUUCCGCGCGCUGCCGUCCUGGCUGCAGUAUUCUGAGCGGGCCAAGUCGAAUGAACUGAUGGCCAAGUUUACCGGUCGGGAGGUUGUCGCGGAUUUGAAGAAAUAUUACAAGGAAUCGUGAUGGGCGUUUAUGUCUUUGACGACCACAAGUGGAGAGAAGAUAUUUUAGGCCAAACUGGAGAACGGAAGCUGCGGUGAUGCAGGCAUAUCUGAGACACCACGACCUCAUCUAAUCUACUUGAACGGUGCCUGCAAUGGAACCAGUAGAUAUACGCCUGUGGAUCAUGUACGCUCGAAACUAAGUCGUAUCCAUGAAGUUGUCGACUGGAUGUUUGUUGAGGCUGGAAGCUCUCCACCUAAGGCCUGACAUGGAGGGUAUCCACUACCUGCAACCAAACCCACUAUCCUCAGUGCUGCGAGCAGGGGUCUAGCGCCCGCGUUGGCGUCCUAUCGAUAGCCAAAAA